UUGUUCACCUUGAACAUCGAAAACAACGAUCAGGAUGAUUUCAAUGCUUUAUUUUUCAUUCGAAUUGCGGUAUUUGCUCUUUCGGUUUCAGAAAGCUUGUUCAAGUUAGUUAAGUCUGGUCAUCACCUGCAUUAAACUGGCUCAGAGAAGCUGGCCAAACAGAAGUUCAGCAGUGGCAGCAUGGCUAGGUUGAAAAGGAAGCAGUCUGGUGUCGGAUAGGAUUGCAAACGAAACAUGAAAACAAAUUUUAAAAGUGCCUCUUAGCAGCAGAUGACGCACUUUAGCACCGUAAUGCAAAUUUGAGCUGUUUGGCAAUUCAGUUACUAUGAAAAUUCGUCCAGCGGCUUUCAAACAGCUGCGAAGAAAAAGAGCGUCAUGAUUCACGCAGAAUGACCCGCAGGCCGUUAAGGCGGUCAAGCACAGAGCGGAACAGCGCAGCCUAUUGACGCCCACAAUACACAUAGAAACAAAACAACCUGCAGCACCUGUCGCAAGGCGCAUGCGUACUUGUCUCUUGCCCAAUCUCUCCAGCGUUUCACUGAUAUACUGUGGGAACGAGAUGCAGGUGGUCCCAUAGGAGCGUAUGUUAACACAAUGUUAAUAAGAACAAGGCUGGGUUCUCUUUCACGUUCUGGCCUACAUCUAUGCAACGCUGUGGCAUUUAGAAAACCUCUGUAAGCAUACAUAGAUUAUUGGCCGAAGAAACUACAGCGCAAUCAAGAAGGACAAAAUACACACUACGAUCGAGGACAAUCUCAUUUAUUAUGUCGCAGAGUUUCAGUGAUGGAAUUGGGAGGGAUAGCGUUUUCUCAAAGGCCCUUGGCGGGGUAAUUCCUUCUAGACCUCCUUCGCUACAUUCUAACGGAAUUUCGCACUCAGCAUCACUUGGCCCUCAGUUCGCCUUCCAGACAUCAAGAUCGAGUCUUACAUCCAAUAUGUUCGAUGGCCUUGAAGAUGCACAUCUAUUAGGCUCCGUGCCUCAGGUAGAAAGUAUGUCAAAAUAUCUUCCGAAACCAAGCGGAUCCAAGAUGCAUACUGCAUUUGGACUGCACAGCUUACAUGCUACAAACCCUGACCCUACUCAGUACGAUCCUCAUGAUAUUUUGGACCAAAUAUCCGCUUCACUGCAACCGUCAGUUUCUGAAAAUGGGUAUGAAAACCCUUCACCUUCAACUUCAUCAGUUGGACAAAACCAUAUUGGAACGAGUCAUAUUUUGUCACCUUCAACAUCAAGUUCAUUCUCAGCGAUUUCUUCUACGUUCAACACAGCCAGUUUUCAAGCAACUAUCAAUUCACUGAAUCUAGCAGCAGCACAGGAUGUUGAAUGUACACCAAGAGAGUUAGAGUGGUUCGCAGAAAGGUUCAAACAGCGGCGUAUAAAGUUAGGCGUUACACAAGCUGAUGUAGGAGCAGCCUUAGCGCAUUUGAAGUUGCCAGGAGUUGGAUCCUUGAGUCAGUCAACAAUAUGCCGAUUCGAAUCACUUACUUUAAGCCACAAUAAUAUGAUGGCCCUUAAACCUGUUUUGCAAGCGUGGCUUGACGAGGCAGAGAAGGCACAUAGGAUGAAGUCAAACGAAAGUGCUUUCCUGCCUAACCAAGACAAAAAACGUAAACGGACAUCUAUUGGUGCCGCCGAAAAACGCUCUCUCGAGGCUUACUUUGCCAUGCAACCAAGACCAUCGAGUGAUAAAAUUGCAGCUAUAGCUGAAAAACUGGACCUUUCAAAAAAUGUAGUUCGUGUUUGGUUUUGCAACCAAAGACAGAAGAAAAAAAGGAUGAAAUUUUCAGUGCAUUAAUCUGGCAUUAACCUUUUCAAUCGAUUUCGUAAUAGCACACCUUGGCUGAGGUAAGAAGUUAUAAAGAAAGUGAAUUACAAAAUAUGAAUUGCUGGGUCGUGAGUAUUAAAAAUAUACAUAAGCUUAAAUCUUUUUAACAAGACAAUUGUAAAUAAACCCUUCUGUAUUAGAAGGGAGAGAUUUAAAAAAGAUUGUAUAGGCAGUUGUGUAGCUAUCAUUUUUAGAAAGUUGUAAUAAUAUGAAGUCCCAACAAAGCCAGAACAAUGAGAGAAGGCAAGCAAGUUAAUUGAGCUAUAGGUUUCAAGAUCGCUUCUGUUCUUGAUUUAGGCAAUAACAACGAGUAAGCUAUAAGCCAUAUUCAUUGGGGAUUUCAUCGUUUGUAGCAAAUGAAACUUCCCCAAAGGAAUAUCUUUAUGUUAAGGACGAAGAUUUGGUAUUAAAUGCUUUUUGGUAUUAAAUGCUUUUUGGUAUUAAAUGCUUUAAGAUCUAGCUACCAAAUGAUUCUAACGAGCUUUUGUUCAAGCAACGUCUUUCAUAUUUCCUUGCGUGUGCAUAAAGUAUAACUUCCGUUAGGAUCAGCGGUCUGUCAAACUCUUCAUUAAUCAAUAAUGUACAAGGAUUCUAGACAAGUUUACAGAUCGUCUCUGUGUAAGAUAUUAGGCCUUACUAAUUUUGUAAGUUGGUUAUUUCGGUAUAAAAAUUGCAAGCAGUCGCAUUGAUGGAGAACAACGAAACACAAGACGCGUGCUCGAAGCACCUGUCCGCAUUCAACUUGGAUGUUUAUUCGAAGCCUCUAUCCUUCAAUUGAUUAUGAAUCGAGAAUAGUGCUUCACACAAUUCCUCUUUCGAAUCACCAGUAAGGGCUUAUUUUGCUAUAUGAGUCUUUUUCAUUAAGUUUCAGCUAGUUGGUGUCGUUAAACGCUUCAAAAGGCCAACUGAUGGCCAGUACCUGUUGAGAUAUCUCGCCAGCAAGGUUGCCUUUAAUGUACCUGACAAAACACACGAGAUAUUUGAGACAAGUUCACCGUCGCGUGUUCACGUACUUAAAUCCACCUCAUUUCACUAUAAAUCUUUUAUUGCAAUGAAAUAAAUGUAUUCCUCUUAAUUGUAAAUUAAUUUGGAAGUUUCGAAUUAAUAAAUAAUUUCUUUAUUACCGCAGUAGGCUACAUAUUAAUGUAAAAAAUUAAAGGAUUCGCCUCCUAUUUGAAUUUAUGCUUGAACAAGUCUUUAGUGAAUUUCUAAUUCAUUUUUGAAGCAACUACUGAAAAUAAAACCUUUAAAUGACAUGUUUUCUAAAUGUACGCUUAAUUAAUGGGUCAACUUGUAUGCGAAAUAGACACAACUCAAUAAUUGUUAAGGAUGCGUGUUUCUACCCGACUCUCUCUCGUAGCUUCGUUGCAAAUCUUCCCAGAAAACAAUAGCAAAGAGGCCACUGUUACUUUUUUGGCCCUUUUCAAGUUUAGAUUUGUAUUCAGAAUUAAUGGAGCUGACACUCUAGUAUCUCUCCCAUUUCUUUAAAUAAUAUACGUGUUUUGGUAGAUAAAUGUAGAUGAAGAGUACAGAAACUCUUACUUUCAUAGAAUUUUGUAUAAUAACCUGUAGCCAUUAACGGGAUUCCGUUCGCACAUCAUGUUUAGAUUCCUUUUUGAAUGAUAAAUGAUUGUUAACUCAA